AGCGAGCCGCAGAGCAGGACAGAGACGACGGAGGAAGAGCCGCAUCACAACAGAACCUCCGAGAACUCGCACAGAGGAGCAGCGACAGCACUCCGCUAUCAACUCAGUUAUUUUAAGCUCGGGCGCGUGCAAAGACAAAAAAAGAAGUAGAAAAUCCGCAUGAGGAUUUGCUGUUGUGACAGUUUUCAGCUGCUCCCGGUUCGGAGCAAAUAAGUGCGCGUCGCUCUCCGUGCUCCUUGGCUUCGUUUCCACCUGGAGUUGCAUGACUUGAAGAGUUGGCUACACUUCACCGGCGACAUGAGAGAGCCGGUAUACCGUGUUUGUCUAUUAACUUUUGAGGUGCAUGUAGCGUGUUGGAGGCUGGCUGCGAGGCGGUCCAAAGUGCGUAGGCUGCGGGCUCGCGCUGGUCGGCAGCACCGAUCACAUCAAACAGCUCAAAUAGAGGUGAUUCCGUGUAAAAUCUGUGGGGACAAAUCUUCAGGGAUUCACUAUGGUGUCAUCACCUGUGAAGGCUGCAAGGGUUUCUUCCGACGCAGCCAGCAGAACAAUGCUCUGUAUUCCUGCUCGCGACAGAGGAACUGUUUAAUUGACCGGACCAACCGUAACCGUUGCCAGCACUGCAGGCUGCAGAAGUGUCUCGCUCUGGGCAUGAGCCGCGAUGCGGUCAAGUUUGGUCGAAUGUCCAAAAAGCAGCGCGACAGCCUGUACGCAGAGGUCCAGAAGCACCAGCAGGCCCAGGAGUGCGCGGAGCUCGGUGUCCGCGAGCGCGAGGAAGUCGACCUGGCCGACCACACGAGAAGCUCCACCGCCACGCUCGGCGACCUGGACGACAUCGGCAUGCUGCCGGAAGGCCUGCUUUUCGACCUGCCGCUCACCCCCGAGGACGCAGGCGGAGACGACUGUAACCUGGACAUGCUGGGCGGCAGCGCGGGCAGCACCUCCUCCUCUCAGAGCUCACCAGAACAGACCAACUUGGACUUUGUAGACGGCAACCACAGCAUCAAGCACGAGUACCAGCUGUUGCACGACUCUGGACUCUUCUCACAUGCUAUCCUCGACCCGCUGCCCGAGGGCUGCUCCCUGCUUGAGAUAGAGCGUAUAACUCAGAGUGUGCUGAAGUCCCAUAUUGAGACGAGCCAGUACAGCACAGAGGAGCUGAAGAGAAUGGCGUGGACCUUGUAUAGCCAAGAAGAGACACGCUCAUACCAGACCAAGUCAGCUGAGGCGAUGUGGCAACAAUGUGCCAUUCAAAUCACCAACGCGAUCCAGUACGUGGUCGAGUUUGCCAAGCGCAUCUCUGGCUUCAUGGACCUCUGUCAGAACGAUCAGAUCAUCCUCCUCAAAGCGGGCUGCAUGGAUGUUCUUCUGAUCCGUAUGUGUCGGGCCUAUAACCCCAUCAACAAUACGAUGCUCUUUGACGGAAAGUUUACAACUGCUCAUCUUUUCAAAGCGCUUGGCUGUGACGACUUGGUGAAUGCAGUGUUCGACUUGACCAAAAGCCUGAGCCGGGUACAGAUGUCCGAGGAAGAGAUGGCUCUCUUCAGUGCUGCUGUGCUGCUCUCACCAGACCGACUCUGGCUGACAGAUGUUCAGAAGAUACAGAAGUUGCAGGAGAAGGUCUAUGUGGCUCUGCAGCGCUGCCUACAGAAAGAGGGAGCAUCAGAAGAGAAGCAAGCUAAGAUGGUGUCUAAGCUUCCCAUCAUGAAGUCCAUUUGCAACCUUCACAUCGACAAACUGGAGUUUUUCCGUCUGGCUCACCCUGAGACCGCGUACACCUUCCCGCCUCUGUAUCGGGAGGUUUUUGGCAGUGAAAUCACGUUCCCAGACUCCACAGAAGGCUAGGACCGCCGAGCUAAAUAGAGGGAUUUAAAUGGAGACAUUGAGGUGGAGGGGAGGGGAGAUACAAAUGUGGCAUCCGGCUGAGGCAAAACCAACCAGCAGCUCAAUGACAAUCCUGCACGCUACACUUUAGGACACACUCCUCUCACCGAUGAGCUCCCGACGCUGAGGAGGAGCUCCCACCGCCCUACAGCCCAUUCAGCUUCACCGUAACACGGCAGGAACAGCUGCUGGCAACUCAGUACAUGUUACCUCUUUUUUAUUUUUUUUAGGGACUUAUUAAAGAGUAGCCCACAUCAUUUGUGUUCUCAAAAAAAAACUCUUAUGAGAUGACCUUAAACUUAUCUCAUAAAGCUGAAUUUGACUUUCGCCGUUCUCAAAGUUCCUGCAAGCUAUUGUUGAAUGUAUCCCCUUUCUCCCGUUGCCGACUCAGCACAGCUCUUGGCUGGAAAUAGAAUGUCCAUACUUAAAGUCCUCACCUACUCGCCGGAGGUUCGCAGCAUCGACGCCGGUUUCAGUUCUCUCGUCUCGUAGCGGCUUGUGAAUUCCAUUCGAUAUUUUCGGCAGCGCCCAUAUUUUUCAGUUUUGUAAUGUAUGAACAAACUGUUUAAAGGGACUACGAUCAAACUCACAAAGAGACGGGUUUUUUAGGGCAAACACUCCGACACUCUUGCAUACAGAGCACAAGACAGCACUUAAACUGAUCUUAUAGGUAUUUUUAGAGAGAGAGCUCUUUUUUCUUUUCUUUUAUGCAAUCAGUGACCUCAGCCCUAAAUACCAUUUCCCUUUGAAAUUGCCACCUGGAGAGUGAAAUAAUCACAGAGGUAUUUUUAAAGUAUUUUCAGAUGCUCCUUUUAUAUAUAAAAUAAAUAAUAACUAUAUAAUCACGUA